AUGUUUGUGAAUUUAGUAGCGAUUGUGAUCCUGCCCCGGGCAAAGUGCGGCCUCUCUACCUGCACCACUCGCUACCUGGUAGCCAUGGCAGCGGCCGAUCUACUGACCAUUGUCGCUGGGGUCAUUUUGUAUCAAAUCAAUCAUUAUUACUUUCCGUGGAGUUUUCUGGACAUCACCCCCGUGUGCAGUGUUAUCACUGAGCUGAGGUUCACCGCCACACUGUGCUCUGUCUGGUUCACCGGCACUUUCACCUUCGACCGUUUUGUCGCCAUUUGCUGCCAGAAGCUAAAAACAAAAUAUUGCACCGGGAAAACUGCGGCUCUGGUUCUAACAACAACCGGCGUACUGUUCUGUCUGAAAAGCGUUCCGCGAUAUUUCACGCGGGAACCCAUAGUGAUCAUGGACAAUGUUCCGUGGUUCUGUCAAGUCAAGGACAAUUAUUUCACUGACCCCGGGUGGGUGGGAUAUGACUGGUUCGAUACGGUUUUAACUCCGUUCCUCCCUUUCGCUGGGAUCCUGCUGCUCAACGCUCUGACAGUCAGGCACAUUUUAGUGGCCAGUCGCGUCCGUGAGGGGCUGAAGGGUCAGAGCAAGGGGGAGAACCGCAGUGACCCGGAGAUGGAGAGCAGGAGGAGGUCUGUGGUUUUACUCUUCACCGUCUCCGGCAGUUUCAUCCUCCUGUGA